CUGUUCAAUCGAUUUUUGCUAAAUGGAGAAGACAGUUCUUCUUUUUGUUCUGCUUCUGGUCGGCACAGUACAAAGUGAUCGAACUCUCGAUCGUUGUACCUUGGCCAUCGAAAUGGAUCGACUAGGAGUACCACGAGCGGAUCUAGCAGCCUGGGUGUAUAUUGCAAAUCACGAAAGCGGCUUUCAAAAUAACGUUAUUAGUAUACAAGUUGAUGGCAGCAAAAGCUAUGGUCUAUUUCAAUUGAGCAGCAAGAUUUGGUGUGCGGAGUCAGACGACAGUGCCAGCGAUAAUUUCUGUAAUGAGAGCUGCGAUAAUCUUCUGUCAGACCAGAUUAAAGCCAGUGUUCGGUGUGCACUGGUCGCCAAGGGUCGAGCAGGUUGGACACCAUGGCCGAUUUACAGGGAUUUCCAGUUGAACAGAUUGACCAGUGUUGAGGACUGCUUUCAACCAGAAAUCAUCAAUUGCAUCACGAAUGCGACUGUAACUAAUGCCAUGAUAGAUGCAACAGAACACGGAGUAUACAGAGCUUUCUACGAUUACAAGCCCGAGUUUGAAUUUCAAUAAGGAUUUUCGCUGAACAGGGCUCUCAGAUAAUUCUUAACAAUAACGUAUUUUGUAAAUUUAUUAUAAAAAUAAGAAAAAUUGUCCUAUUUAUAUGUAUGA